AUGAGUGAAUCCAGCAGUGAUUCGGCAAAAACGGUCGGUUCUAGAAGAGACGAACACGUCACGCGCCGUGCAAAACCAAUGCGCGUUUCCACUGAACGGUCCGACAAAACGUCAUACGGCAAAAUAAAAAAUUUGAAGGUGCCACAAUUUUCCUCGGAUGAUCCGGAGCUAUGGUUUGCUUUGCUGGAAGCCCAAUUUGAAACUUUUGACAUCACGGAUGAUCACACGAAAUUUAGCCAAGUGAUCAACAACUUGGACAUCCAGCACGCAAGGUCAGUCAAAGAUGUCAUUACAAAUCCACCGACAAAGCAUCGUUAUGAGAAAAUCAAGGCAGAGGUAAUUAAGAGAUUUGCCGAUUCUCACGAGCGACGGGUGAAGAAACUUCUCACCCACGAAGAGCUUGGUGACCGCAAACCCUCGGAAUUUCUCCGUCACCUGCAAGACUUAGCUGGUCCUGCUGCUCCAGAGGAUUUCAUUAAAUCUAUAUGGACCAAUCGAUUACCAUCUGGCAUCCAGGCGCUAUUGGCAUCCCAGCCCUCUCACUCAUUGGAUCAACUCGCAGAUCUGGCUGAUCGAAUUCAAGAGCUGACUCAGCCUUGUGGUCCUGCUGUGGCUGCGGCUUCAUCGUCGUCGUACGCUCCUCAAGCCCCAAGUAACGAGAUUGCUGAGAUUAAGCAGAUGAUUGGGAAGCUUGCAAGGAAGUUGGAUGAGCACACCCGUAGUUCCCGAUGCACCUCUCAUGGCAGAUCCAGGCCGCGUCAACGAUCCGAAUCACCCUCGCGUAAUAGUAGGAGCAGAUCGCAGUCAAGCUACCGACGGUACCCAAUUUGUUGGUACCACUUCAAGUUUGGAGAAAACGCCAGGAGAUGCGUGAGGCCAUGUGACUACGGCAAGUCGGGAAACGCGACGGGCAAUCGCUAA